GCAUGUUUACAAGCCGUCCAAUCAAACGUCUACAACCUAAUUGUCCGAGCGGGCGGGCGGCUUCUGAAACCGGGUUAGGGUUACGGUUAAUUGGGUGCAGUCGACGUCAAAAAGAAUAUUGUCCCGUCCCUACAGGUUUCAGGAUUCGAUUGUUAUUUUCCAAAGCAAAUAUCUUAUUUAGGGUCAGAGUUCGGUGCCGUCGUGGGCAAAAAUGACUUUGUUGUGUCACGUCAGUCCCUACAGUUUUUAGAAUGGAACUUAGUUGAUGGUUAUUUUCCAAAGUAAAAGUUUUAUUUUUAAAGAUCAUUUCUGCUUUCACGGCGGGCGGGUGGGCGGACGACACAAUCAGGAGAGAAACAUUUCCCGUUGCUUCACCUGGUCUCCAAAGCCAAAUGGAUCGGAUCGCCCGUUGGCUGUCCCUCCGGCUCAUCUUUUUUCUUUUUUGUCCAAGUUUUAGAGUGACUCCUGAAACCGGAGACAAAUUCCUUGUGCAUUUUCAACAAAGUCGGCCCAUAAAAAAGAACGGGAUUCCGGCCGGCGCGUGCUGGGAAAUUCCCCGUCCGGAGUCAGCGAGCCAGGGUAAGGAGGCGGAUGAUUCCCGUUCGCCCGAGGCCCCCCCGGUGUCUCGCGGGACUUUUGCCGUUCCGGGAAAGCGGGCGUUGAUCCCGGACGCGGCGGUUCUCGCGCGACAGGGCGGCGAGCAUGGCCUUUCCCAGAAGUUCCGGCGGUCUCUCGCUCCUGGUCGGGCUGCUGCUGCUCCUGGGCCAGAGGUCGCGAGGGGAAGAGCCCACGGCCGAGCCCGACCCCGGCCGAUGCCCGGAGGACUGCGCCUGCGCGGCCGAGGGCGCCGUGGACUGCGCCGGCGUCAGCCUGACCCGAUUCCCGGCGGGUCUGCCGGCCACCACUCGGCAGCUGGCGCUGCAGAACAACAAAAUCGAGGAGAUACGGGUAGAGCAACUGUCCAACCUGCCUCUGCUGGAGACGCUCAACCUGCAGAACAACUGGCUCACCACUGACGGCCUGGAAGAUGAAGGUUUGGAGAUGCUGGAAGAACUGGCUUAUUUGUACCUGGCCAACAACCAGUUGUCCUCGGCCCCCAAAGCCUUGCCGCCUUCCCUGGUCAGCGCCGACUUUGCCGCCAAUCGGCUGACCCGGAUCUUCCCGUACACGUUCGGCUACAAACCCAACCUCAAGUCCGUCUACCUCCACAACAACAAGCUGACGGACGACGGGAUUCCCGACAACAUGUUCAACGCUUCCGACAACCUGGAGAUCCUCACCCUGUCCAGCAACUUCCUGCGGACCGUUCCCGAGAACCUGCCCCCCAGCUUGUACCGGCUUCACCUGAAGAGCAACGAGCUGGAGAGAAUCCCGGCCGGAGCUUUCCACGGCUUGCGGAACCUUCGGGAGCUUUACCUGCAGAACAACUUCCUGAGCGACGAGGGCGCGGACAACGAAACUUUCAGCCAAAUGACCAGCCUGGAGUGCUUGGACUUGUCCAACAACAAUCUGAGUGCGGUGCCCAGAGGUCUGCCUCGCAACCUGGUGCUACUUCACCUGGAGAGGAACUCUAUUCGAGGCAUCCCCGCCGACGCGCUCCAUUCCGUGCGCAACCUGGAGUACCUUUUGCUGCACAACAAUCAACUGCGCUCGCGUUUCAUCCACCCGGCCGCCUUCCAGGGCCUGAAGAAGCUGCACACGCUUCAUAUGCACAACAACCAGUUGGAGCGCGUUCCCCGGGGUCUCCCGAGACGGGCCAAGACGCUGGUGCUGCUGCGCAACGCCAUCUCGGAAAUCGGGCGAAACGACCUGGCGCCGCUCUACACGCUGACCGAGCUCAACCUGAGCUACAACCGGCUGAGCGACGGCAAGCUGCACCGCGACGCCUUCCGCAAGCUGCGGCUGCUGGAGACGCUGCACCUAUCGGGCAACGCGCUGCGCUCGCUGCCCGUCGGCCUCCCGCGCGGCCUCAAGGUGCUGGAGGCCAAGAACAACGGUAUGGAGGCGGUGCCGGACGGCGCGCUCAGCGGCAUGCACCGCCUGCGCACGCUGGUCCUCAGCGACAACCGCCUCAGGCUCAACUCCGUCUACCAGGGGGCCUGGAUGGAGCUCGUCGCGCUCACGACGUUGGACCUUUCCGGCAACCAGCUGUCGCACGUCCCGACCGACCUACCCGAGUCGCUGGAGUACCUGGAUCUGCAACGGAACCGCAUCGCUAGCAUUCCCCCCUCUGCCUUUGAAGGCAUCCCCAACAUCCAAAAAAUCAACCUGAGGUUCAACCGCCUGUCGGCCUCGGCGCUGGACGAGAGUUCGCUGGCUCGCCUCGGCGGGAAGAUUGACGUCGGCGGCGACGACGAGGGCUCCGAUCGGCGUUAGGACGCGCCUUCCCCGGCCGCCGUGGUUUUUGUCCGUCGCCGGCCUCGGCUUCCUUCCCGUCCGUCUUUUGGCACGCACUACAAACGGGAUGCCGACUACUCGGAAAAAAAUAGGGAACACCUAAUUGGCAGGGCUGGCUAAACCUGUUGAUCAAUUUUAAAGAUGUGAAAAGUCAUUUUAGUUUUCCCUUGAUUGGACUCGCUUGGACUAAAGCACAUGGAAAAGCAAUCCAAUUUAUUUGAAGACAAAAUGAUAAUACCAGAAUAUAGUAUCUAUCUGCCCUUCUCCAUUUAAAAUGGUAUCAUUGAACCCUGAAGGUCCCCAGCCUUUUUUUGUCUCUUUAUAGCAUGUAAAAAUGUUUAACAUGCCCCCGAGUAUCAUUUUUCUCAGUCCAACAUUAUCUAAAACCUAUUAUUAGGCCAAUAAAAUAGGCAAAUUUCAACUUGAAAAAUACAGAAGUGAAGCGUUCCAAGAGCAGUACCUCGACCAAUGAGGUGAGCGGGAUUUGCUAUUGUCACACUCAUGCUCAGAUGCUCAUCUGUCACAAAGAGGGAGUAAGCGAGGCAAGGCAAGGCAAGGCAAGGCAAGGCAAGGCAAGGCAAGGCAAGGCGGGGGGACACGACCAGCAACCUUUGGUUCUACAAAUGGGACAGACACUAUUUUGGAGUUUGGUGAUAAAGCACGCCCCUUCCUCCCUCCCUCGUAGAGCGAGCGUAUUAUUUUUCUUUUCCAGGGACAGUUGGCAACCCUGCUCCUCCAGCAAUUUCAUCUUUGGAAUCAAAUCAUUUAUUCCUCUCCUUAUUUGUCACUGUAAUUGCAACAAAAACAGCUCUUCACUGGAAAAAUGCGCAGAUCAAAUAGUUAGAAUGGUGCAUUUGACGUGACGCCAUUUUUGUACUCUCGAAAACAUACUGUACUCUUCUUGUAUUGACAACAAAAUAAACGCAUCAAAAAGUC